ACUUCCAGAUGAGGGUGUGGUGCUGGAAGACAAAAAUGUAACUUGUCAGACCAACUCAGAUCAUUUCACUGAAGUACAUCUCAACUGCAAUACCUGCUACCAAUCUGCUGACAAAAGAAGCUUUUGCCAUGGGCUGGGAUAUGAACAGCUCAACUGAUUACUGGAUUGAGGACGAGGGUGAUCUCAGCUCUGUUAUAGAUUACAACACGUAUGAGCUGCUUUGUGAAAAGGACGAUGUAAGAAAUUUCAGUAAAUUAUUCCUCCCUGUGUUCUAUACGUUGGCUUUCACUGUUGGAGUCGCUGGAAAUUCAUUAGUGGUAGCAAUUUAUGCCUAUUGCAAGAAACCGAAGACCAAGACAGAUGUGUACAUCAUGCAUUUGGCCAUUGCUGAUUUGCUCUUACUCUUCACACUCCCUUUUUGGGCUGCAAAUGCAGUGCAGGGAUGGGAACUUGGAAACGCCAUGUGCAAGCUCACUUCUUCUUUAUACACCAUGAAUUUCAGCUCUGGCAUGCUGUUCCUGGCCUGCAUCAGUGUGGAUAGAUACAGGGCCAUUUGCAAAUCCCAAGGUCAUAGAAGAGCUGGAAAACAGUGCAGUGUAACCUGCAUCUGGGUCUGGCUGUCUGCUAUUGUACUCAGUAUCCCUGAACUGAUAUUUAACCAAGUGAAGAAAUACAAUGACAGGAAUGAAUGCCUUCCUGUAUUUCCAGUGAACAUGGAAACACUCUUAAAAGCAGCCAUUCAAAUCCUGGAAAUUAUCCUGGAAUUUCUGCUUCCUUUCCUAGUAAUGCUGACCUGCUAUUCAGCUACUGCUAGAGCAAUCUUUAGAUCUCCAAAUGCUAAAAAAUCUAGACCCUUCAUAGUUCUGCUGGCAGUAGUAGCCACUUUUAUUAUUACUCAACUGCCUUACAACACUGUUAAGUUCUGGCGAGCCAUAGAUACCAUCUACCUGUUGAUUACUGACUGUGAUGCAAGUAAAACUAUAGAUGUUGCACUCCAGGUAACUAAGAGCAUAGCUUUGUUUCACACCUGCCUGAACCCUCUUCUGUACGCCUUUCUGGGUGCGUCUUUUAAAAUGCAUAUUAUGAAAAUAGCAAAAAAUUACGGAUACUGGAGAAGACAACAACAGAAUGGAAUAACUGAAGAAAUUUCUAUGAAUUAUGAAGACCAUACAGAAGAAACAAUUAGCUUCACUAUAUAGACACUCUGUUUUCAUUAUCUUGUGUAACAAAGGGUUUAUUUACUAAUUAAAGGGGUAUUGUUUCCACAUCUGUUUUGCAAGUCAACUUCCAGAUGAAUUUCUGGACCUACAAACUAGCCAGGACACUACAGUGCAGUUCAAAAUGGAACAUGUUGAUCAAAAGCAAGCAGCAGGCAAAAACUGUAUACUGAAAGUACUAGAAACAACUGGAGAUACUCACUUAAAAAAAAAAAAAAAGAUUUAAAAGGGUCACAGUACUAGGCUAUUAUAUAGGUCAACAAUCUGUACAUGCCUAAAAUGGAUAAAGAAACCAAAAGCAAUAACACCACAGUACAGGAACUUUUAUAUCAAAAGUUAGUAAUUUUCAUGCCUUUAAAAUGUAACACUAUAGGUGUACUUCUCUGUUUUGUAACAGCUUGGAACAUUUGCCUAAAAAAAAUUUCCAUGUUUUUCCUUAGCUAUCAUCCCAUAGAUACCCUUGCAGCAAUGAAUGAAAUGAGGGAUCAGUUCACAGCUGAGAAUUAAGUCAGAAAACAGAAAACAAAACAAAAAAGCUAUUGUGUGUUUCCACAUACAUAUAGCAACAACAACAUACCUCCAGGAAAAUCAACAACUCCUUCUCCGGAACUACCUAAAAUGACCUUUCAUCUCUCCCUUUCAUUUUCUGCUCACUCUGAACUUCAGCAACCCUGUGUCCCAUGAGGGGUACGUUCCAGAUCUCUGGUUCUGAUCCUAGAUUCAUAAGAGACGGUUAUCCAGGAUCUCAUUCUUGUCACUUCCUAAAAAAAUGGCUCAGCUUCCCUCUCACUCUUACAAAACACUUGGGCAACAAGUAUCAAGGCAACCAAGGAAUGGCCUUACAUUUUUCAGCUAUUCCCUAUCUUAAUUUUGAAUGGGGAGCCCUACGAUCUAUUACAAAAAUAUAUACUUUUAUAUGUACCUUUAUUGCAUGUCUCUGGAUUUUACAGGUGUAGUGGGGGCUCUGAGCUUUCAUGCCAAUCACUGGCUGAAAGAAGAGCAUAAACUAUACGCAGUAGAGCUAGAUGCAGACAGUAAUUGUCCUUAAAGAAGAAACUAAUGACAAGGAAACACUGACCUGUGAAAGCAAGAAGGUAAUUGUUUUGGAACUGUUCAUUCCGAUGUUAGAGUGAAGUGCUUAAUGAAUAAAAUCCAUAGAUCCAUAUCCCUCUUGUAACUGAACUAACUCCACUUGAUAUCCAAGGAUAACCUCAAGAAACAAUCUUAGGCAGCUGAUACAGAAGAUAAUGUAAUAAAAAUAAAGUCCCUAGCACUAACAAAAAGAUUAGAUAGCCACUGAAGUCCUAGAGACGCUCAGUACAAAUACGGUAUGAGGGAAGACAUCUGUUGGUAAAAGACUGCAAGAGGGAUAGUAGAAGAUGGCAGGCCAGUUUUUUGAUUCCACAAUGGGGAAGUUACACAUUGUUCACUUAAUUAACGCUGUUAAGAGAGGCAACGCACUGUAGAUUUGCCCAAGAAUUGUAUGGCUAAAUAAACUGAAAACUCUGUUUACCGUGAUAAAAGAAAUCAACAAGUGUGUGUGUAUAUACAAAACUUACCUAUUUCUUUGAUCUUUUUUUAUUGUAUUGGCUCUGCCCAAAGUUCUAACAUGUACUCAUAUUCCAAGUGUUAUUCCUUUAGAGCACGCAUAAAACUUAAAACUAGUUCCUUGGCCAAACAAUGGCACUAUGUGAAGUUUUGGCUUUGUAAAUGUCAAAAUAGUAUAGUCAAAGUAUUAGCAGGAAUAAGAAAAAGUUUUAAGCUAAUCUUCUGACACAGGGCCUGGAAUUUCUAGUAGGAAUUUGUAAAAUGAAUCAGGCACUGCAAUAAUUAUAAUCUUCUAAAAUAAAAUAUAUGAAGACACAAUAAAAUGUAAAAAUAUGAAAAGUGCAUUGGCUUCCACUUUUGCUGUCUUUAUCUUGCUUUGUUUUAGUAAGCAUUGACAUCUCUCAUCACAGGUUUUUAUUUAUCUAUCAGGAAAAGCUAGAGGCCUUGCUUCAUGAAUGAGAGAGGCUCCGACUCCUUGUGGAACUCAUAGUCGGUGGAAUUUACAGUCUUUCAUAGAGGGGUACCGAAGCUGACCCCUGCACAGCGCUGGCCAGAAUUCUAGGAAAACAGCAGUUAUUCCAUGAGUUUCUAGAGACAUUUGAAAUGCAUCAACAGAUUAGCUUUCAAAAUGAAAAAGUGGUGUUACACCACACUGCCCCACAUCAUCUGUUGCUUAUGAAAGCCAACCAGAACCUCUCAUUCUUGGACUCUGCUCCUAGUUACACAAUCAUGGACUGGAAGAAAAAAUUCUGAAACGAUAGACAAGGAACAACAGUAGCAUACGUAAGACACAAACCUCUUCUUUCUCUUUGGAUGGCAGAAUCUUACAGAAUUUCUGUCCAGUAUUUUGCAGAAAUACAAGGGUGUGAAUUGUAAAGUCAGAAGUGCUUGACAGAUGUGCUACACAGAUGGUCUACUUAUACACUGGUAAAUGUGACACGUUUAAGCCAUACUGUAUUUACCGUGUAAGUGCAGAGUACCCAGUCCUCAAGUUCCACCCAGACCAAAACAAACAAACAAACAGCAGAAAAGGAGGCUCUGACUGGAGCUACACAUUUGUGCCUUUUGUGUCCGUCUUUAUACAAAUCUGACUGUCCUAAUUAUUUUUUUAUUAGAAAUAAGACAAGCCAAAUAACGCUCUCUUACUUUUGCGCUCUCCUCUUUUUAUUAUUCACAUAACUCAUUUUAUGAGUAAUAUCUUUUGUGUGUUACCUGCUACAAACUUUUCCAUUACCCGCCUUGGGGACUGCAAUGUACAGCUGGGAGACACUGUCCCAGGGCAAGCUAGCUAUUAAGUGACACUCUCAGAUGAAGAGGCAAGGUAUAAAUAUCAUACCUCCAGCUCUGAUAUACUAGAAAGGAGACAAAGAGCCCUAUCUCCUGGUGAGUCUAGGUAUUGCACAGGCAUAUCUGAGUACAUAGCUUCCCCACACAAAAGUACAUAGGUAAAACAUUCAAGCUUAUCUCUAGUCAGCAGCUCAGUUUAUUCAGUUAGCUUCCAAACUCUCAGGGAAUUAUGAUUUUCCAGUUGCUGUCACAUACGUUUGGAUAAAAAAGUAACUGCACUACUGUGACAGGGACAUUUACCAUUUAUAAACCAACCCAUUGAUCUUCCUGGGAAGAACAACAUAGGAAAAUUGCCAGUGAGAGUCAAUCAGCAUAAAAGAGUCGUUUAAAAAACAGCCACAUUUUCACUGUAGAUGGUAUACCCAAAUCUCACACACAAGCUGACAGAGACAGCUUCAUAAAAACAAAGUUUGAAGGCUAUUGCCAUAAAGGCGCAAGUUAUCUGAUGGAAAGAAGUAUAAUUUAAAGAACAACUGUGGCAUUUGUUCCAUGAACUAAAAUCAGAGGUUCUUAAAAGGGCCUGAAAAUCCAACUCAGAUUUGACUUUUGGACUUUGUCUAAUAAAACAAAGACUUGCUUCUGCUUUCUACUGGUUUACCUUCUGUUGUCUUUCCUCAAGAGGAGACAAUUUUUCAUCUCAGAACUGGAAAGCAAAUAUUUUUGUUAUACCAGUUCUUAGAAGGAAGUUUAGACUUAGCCACUCUUA